AUGUCCAACGUCCAAAACGCACCCCAAGGUCACCGCAAGACGAGUACCUUCCUCUCUUCCGGCCGGUUUCCCUGGUACAACAUCGACGGAAAAUGCGUGGAACCCUUCAUCAUCGGCAUGGCUGGCGGGAGCGCUAGCGGGAAGACCAGCGUGUCGACGCGGAUCAUCAGGAAUUUGGGCGUGCCAUGGGUGAUUCUGUUGUCUAUGGACUCGUUCUACAAGCCGUUGACGAAGGAGCAGAGUGAGGCUGCUCAUCGCAAUGACUAUGAUUUCGAUCAUCCAGACGCUUUCGAUUACGAGGCUCUUCAGCAGACUUUGAAGGAUUUGAAGAGAGGAGUGAAAGUCGAUGUCCCUAUCUACGAUUUUUCAACACACAGCCGGCUGGACAAGACACAAACAGUAUAUGGAGCCAACAUCGUCGUUUUCGAAGGAAUCUUUGCUCUGUACGACAAGGCAGUGAGGGAUCUGAUGGACCUGAAGAUCUUUGUAGAUACCGAUGCAGAUGUGCGGUUAGCGAGGCGACUUAAGCGAGACAUUGCGGAACGAGGAAGAGAUGUCAGGGGCGUGCUGUCGCAGUACCAACGAUUUGUGAAGCCGGCUUUCGACGAGCACAUUUAUCCGACUAUGAAAUACGCUGAUAUCAUCAUCCCACGGGGUCUAGACAACGUCGCCGCAAUCGACGUAAUAACCAAACACCUCGCCCGACAACUCAACGACCGUGGACUAACGCUCAAAGUCGCGCUCGCCAACAAAACGACGCUCAACAAGGAACUCCCACCCACACUACUCAAACUGCGACCAACGAACGAAUUGAAAGCGCUGCUGACGAUCGUGAGGGACCGGAAUACGUCGAGGCAUGAUUUCAUCUUUUAUGCGGAGCGGUUGUCGAGGGUUAUUGUUGAGAGGAGUUUGGUGGAAGUCCCGUUCAAGCCGAUGGAGGUCACAACCCCGAUCGGGCAAGUCUACCACGGCGCAGUCUCCAGCGCGGAGCUCUGUGCAGUCUCGGUCGUGCGCUCAGGCGUAACGAUGGAGCGCGGUCUCCGCAGUGUGGUGAAGGAUAUCCCCAUCGGCAAGAUCCUGAUCCAGACCGAACCCUCGACGGGCGAGCCGCAGCUGCAUUACUGCAAGCUGCCCGAAGAUAUCGCGUCGCGAUAUGUGCUUAUUUCCGAUGCGCAGAUUGCUACUGGCGCAGCAGCCCUAAUGGCCAUCCGCGUCAUCCUCGACCACGACGUCCCGCAAGAUCGCAUCCUCUUCCUCUCCCUCAUCGCCUCGCCGCUCGGCAUCCACACCAUCGCCAACGCCUUCCCGCAGGUCAAAGUGGUCACCGCCGAGGUGGACAUUGAGGUUGAUGAGCUAGGCCAUGUUGUGCCGGGCUUUGGGAACUUUGGGGAUAGGUAUUUUGGGACGGGCGGUUAGAGGAGAUGGGUGAUGGUGCUGGUGGAUAUGGGAGAGGCAUAUUCACCCGCGAAAAUCGAUGCGAAGAACAUCAGGCGUACAUCCAUAGUCAUGCAAAUCAUCGCUCCGCACGAAAGUUCGUACAUCCAUCAUGGCUGGCCUCGCCGACUUCUGCCUCACAGUCGUCCGUCGCGUGUGACAAAGCCUCUGCGCGGGCCAUCGCCGAAAGGACGUGAGUACAGCGAACGAGUAAUUUAGAUUUGAGUAGAUAGAUAGGUUGUGAAUAUUGAAUCGAAUACGGCAUACACUUUUUUCGCUGCUAAUGAAACUCCAGUAGUAUUAC